GUACAAUGCCCUCGCUGGGGAGCUGGCUGGUGAAGUGCUCAACAACACCUACUACGAUGGGCAGUGCAGCACCAUCAGGAGUCCCAUCACCAAGAAACUCUACCGAAUGGCCAGUAACCUGGAGAACAUCACCUUGGAGCUGACCAGUUUGGAAGAUGAUGUGACUAGUCAGUUCUACACAGAUGCCUCGGAAUACAAGUCGAGUGUUUCCCGUUCCUCGAGUCAUUACGGGAGCCACAGAAGCUCCUUCAACAUCCCGAUCCUGUUUGGACACAGCAAAUCCAGGAAAACCAGCCGCAAGACCAGCUUCAAGGAAGUGAUCAAGGCUUCGAGGCAGAAGGUAAACUCAAUGCCCACGGAGACAGGCUCGGCCUGGGGUACAGGCCUCAAAGGUCAUCGACACCAUUAA